AUGGGAGGCGGUGGUGGCGGCGGCAGAAAAGGUGCUGAGUGGCCAAAGACAGAGAAUUCUGAAAUAGCUGCUGAAUUUGAGUGGCUGGUGAACACAGAAUGGGAGGGCAAGACCUCCAAGUAUCUGCUCCUCAGAGACGGCUUCGUCGAGUCGCCGUUGAAGGAGUGUGAGCCAGAGGGCCACUGUCUGUGGGCUGCAAAUAAUGGCCGAGUCUUGAUCAACACGCCGAAGUUGAAGGUGGUGAAGUUUUCUGUGGAGGGUCUAGAGGGCAUCGACAAGAAGAAGCUCGAGAACAAGGAUGAAGCAGAACUGAAGAAGGUCUCUUUAGUUAUGGAGAAGCCAAGCAAGAGCACUGGCAAGAAAGGCAAGCUUGACUUCAAACGGGUUGCCAUGGCGGACGAACAAGACAGCGCAGGGGCAGACUUGUACAAGCUCUUAGACAUUUCGGAGGAUGCGGAUCAGGCUGCGGUCAAGAGCAAAUUCCGACGGCUCUCUGUCUCCAUGCAUCCAGACAAAGGUGGUGAUCCAAAGGCGUUCAAUGACGUGAGGGAGGCAUACGAGGUUCUUGGAGAUCCUGAGAAGAGGAGGCAAUACAACCUCGGUGGAAUGCAGCUCGUGAAGAAUGUUGAAAUUGCCUGGAAGGAAGUGGAGGGACAGAAAGCGCAGAUGGAUGCGCAGCUGAAUCAGGUUCCGAAAAAUCAUCCGCAGUAUGCCAUGUUCAAGCAACAGAUCGAGCAGCAGAAGCGCCAGUUUGACAAGGCAAGGGUGGAGUCACAGAUCCAGCAAAAGCUGCAGAGCGAUGAGCUGGAGGUGAUGGUUCCCAUUUCAGCCUCGGAGCUCUACAACGGUGUGGAGAAGAAGGUCUUCGUGUUUCCCAGGCUCAUGAUAUGCCGGGGUUGCAAGGAAGACCCAAACAGGCCAGAGUGCCAAGACUGUGGUCGCUGUCCACCAGAGAAGGUCCAGGUGCCCAAAUAUGGCAUGACUCCUUUCGGCCGCCAGGUGGUUGGCAUGAGGGAGAAGGAGCAGGAAAGUCGAGAGAGGUGUCGAGAAGUUGGGGUGGAGGUUCCCUUGAAAAUCAGCAAGGGGGCCAAGCAGGGGGCUUCACUGAAGGUCCUCCCGAAUGUUGGCCACCAGACACCAGGAAAGUUUCCUGGCAAGGUAAACUUCAAGGUUCAGCGAGGCAGCAAGGAGGAUAGCUACAGAAUUGCGGAGUCAGAUCUGCAUACGGUGCUGCACAUCUCGCUGGAACAAGCCUUGUUCGGGUUCACGAUUUCCUGGCGACAUCUCGGGGAAGAGACGGUGACAAUCACAAAGGAGCGUCUGCAGCUGCCGGACGAGGUGCUCCGACUCAAGGGCAAGGGCCUGGUCGAGUCGGGAAGCAAGCGUGGUGAUCUGUAUGUCAGACUAGCCGUCGAUCUCCCGCAACCGCCGCAGGGAGAGAAGGCCCUGACACUUCGAGCUCCAAGUUCGGAAGCGCAGGCUGCCAAGUUGGAGAUGGAGGAUGAGGUUAGAAUAGAAGAAGGAAGUGCCUGGCGCGAGUGGAUUGCCAGAGAGAAGGCGACCACUUACAAGGUGCCCAAGGGUAAGACAGAGCUCUGA